AUGAACACGCUUGACGCAAAUCUACAAUCAUUCACAAAUGCUGUUGGUCAACUCGGUUCGUCCGUCGCCAUAUCAUCCUCGGCAGAUGAACUACGCGAUUGUCUCCAGAGGCUCCUUCAAUCUUUUCGUUCUAACGCGGCUCAUCUCUUCGAGGGCGGAGAGAAGGAACUGGCUAGUAUACCAAAAUUUAGGCGUUUCGCUUCUCGCUACUAUACACGCACUAUACGCUCCGCCUUGGUUCAGGCGGACUCUCCAGCUACGAUCCCGGAGCAAAUGGCUUCGUUGGCCCAUAACCUAACUACAUUUGUCCGAUGUCUGGAUCAAAUCCCGGAGUUCACUGACCAAGCUGUCAAUGCUUCCACGGCGCUUUUUCACGAUGACCUGAUGUACUGGAGCUCAUGUUUGAAGGACCAUCGGGCUGGUGACCAGUUUAAACGAUCAUAUAUAAGGCAAUAUCUCAAUGAUCUCGCUACCGAGAUAGGCGAGCACUGCGAAAGCAUGUCGCAUUCCCUCCAGGUAUUCGUUGACAUUGGGAUACCCACUAUAAAAUUCAGUCAAACACAAACAACUAAAACCCUUCAAAAUCUUUCCACUGUGGCGGCCCUGUUCGCUGCGGUUGAUGCCACAGCAAUUCAAUUCUCGUAUCAGAGCUUCGGCACCAAGGCGCAAAAUGCUGUGAAUUUGUUAUGGAUUAUGUCUCUGGUCUUCUCUCUAGCUAGUGCCAUCAAUAGCCAGCUGGCAUAUCACUGGCACUCUGCAAUUUACCGGUCCCCGCAUGCAUGCCUACCACUGUUGAUCUCCGUAUGGAUCGUGCACUCGCCUCUCAUGUUCCUCGUUGCUUCUGUUCUUGCUUUCUCCGCUGGAUUGGUCUGUUUCACGUUCUCGAAUUUCCACCAUUACCCAGUGAUUCCCAUCGUCAUCACAGUUUGCACGUCUAUCUCCUCGUUUGCCCUUCUUUCAGUUGGAUUGUGGUUCUUUGGAGAGCGGUGUACAUUUAAACGAACCAACGGGAAAAAGUGGCUCAUUCAGGUAGUGCCGGUCGCAGUGGAAAACGUUAAGGGUUAUUCCGGGUAUCGAGCAGCUACCACAUAUUUCCGAAACUUGGGUGUACUAUUGCGGCCCACCCUUGACUGUGCCAAGCGGCAGAUCUCACGAGUUACUCAAUCCAUGGGCGUUCCCAGACCGGAAACUGUAAUUUCUACCUUGAGUGCUAGAAGCGCAAGCCGCGGUGUGAGGGAAACUGAAGGCAGCCUGCCUUUGCAUUCUAACGGGGUUGUCACUUCCUCGUUGAAUGGAGACCCUCACACUCCACCGUCGCCUGAUGACCCCCCCUCUCUUGGGGGAACCAGCCCUCACCAGCCAAGCCCACUAAGAUCAGGCAUGGAGAAGAUCGCUGCAACGGCAUUCGAUUUCACGCAUCGCUUGGUGUCCAUAGGAGAUGCAUCCAGGUCUGGUUCAUUGGGGACAUCAGUAGGCUCCCCUCCUGGUUCACCGUCUCCGGCAGGCCAAUUUGUUAUAGGCCAGAUCCCACAUGCAACUACAGAAGCACACUCCGCUAACGUGCCGAGUGGAGAUUCCGCCCAACUGAUGGCCAUUACAUCAUCUCUCAAAGGGAUGUCCGUCACCCAGAUAGCACGAGAACAUACGGGAUUCAUAAGAGAUUUAAGAUUUAGCCCCAAGGGGGACUAUCUUGCGACAUGUGCAUGGGGAGAUCCCAUUAUUAUUUGGAAAGUUGACCACAAGUUAUCCGUCCAUCGCAAAAUCCCGCAUUUCAGCGAUAUGACGGUGUCGAAGUCAGGAUGGCGGAUGGCGAGGGCUGGCGAGAGGUCACUACUUGCAAGGAACUGGGAGAUUACCGGGCAGUCUGCUGGUUGCCAACAUCCUCGCAUUCUACCUCCUGACGCUCCCGAAUUAUCAUCGUCCUCCAGGCUUCUAGCGGUUGCGUCAGUGACUCAAUCGCCGGACGGAUUAAAACCAUCAAACCCUGGGCAUUUAGAAAAGCGAAUUCUUGUGCAUAAUCUAGAAACAGGGGAUGCAGAAGUACAAAUACCCGUUCUUCAUGACGCCCGUUACAUCACGCUGUCGAGCGAGGGCUCGCUCGUGUUAGUCAGCUACGAGGACAAGGCAUCACCACAGCUUUUCCGGCUGAAGAUUACCGAACAUCAAACGAGACUCGAUCUAUUGCAUACCUACAGCUUGCCAACUGCGAGCUCGCUUCAUUCAGUGAGAUUUGUUCGUUCAGGCGAAUUCUGUCAUUUCAAUUAUCCCGGGCUGGGGGACAUGGUCGUGUUAUGCGCUGAUAAAGGUGGCCUGCUUUACUUCUGGGACCGCAAAUCCGCUACCCUGCUGCACUCCAUUAAGAUUCAUGAUCCAGGAGCGGCUCGGACGAAGAUAGCUUGGAGUCACGUUAACACGGACAGACUUAUGUUUGCUACUGGUGGCCAUGGAGGUACUUUGACGGUUUGGACAGCUGAAUUUCGGGCCAACGAAGCGUCUGGGGGGGCCAAAACUGCGUAA